UUUUCUUUCCUGUCACCAGCUAAGUUUCCUGACUUCGUGCAGUGUGCAGAGAAAAAGAUUGUGCGUCUGGUGCAGGUGAAGCACGCGCGUACCGCAGUGGAUUGAAUAGGUGCAAAUUACGAAGAAUAUUCCAGCAACGCGGAGGUCCGGACACACCUUACCCCCUGCUAGCCUCGUGCGGAAGAACUGUGACGGAAUCGUUUUUUGUGGCGUGAAGUAUAAUUUGCAACUCGCGUAGCCCGUAAUAACGCACCGUCAUCAUGGAUGAGGAAUACGACGCGAUUGUGCUCGGUACCGGCCUGAAGGAGUGCAUCCUCAGUGGAAUGCUGUCCGUGUCGGGCAAGAAAGUGCUGCACAUCGAUCGCAAUAAGUACUACGGCGGUGAGUCUGCCUCGAUUACGCCCCUCGAGGACCUGUUUUCGCGAUUCGGCGUCGAGCUGCCGGAGGGCAAAUAUGGCCGCGGUCGCGACUGGAACGUCGAUCUGAUUCCCAAGUUCCUGAUGGCCAACGGGCUGCUGGUGAAGCUGCUGAUACACACGGGUGUGACCCGUUAUUUGGAGUUCAAGUCGGUCGAGGGAAGCUACGUGUACAAAGGUGGAAAGAUCUCCAAAGUUCCGGUCGACCAGAAGGAAGCUCUCGCUUCCGAUCUGAUGGGUCUGUUCGAGAAGCGUCGUUUCCGCAACUUCCUUAUCUACGUACAGGACUUCGUGGCCGAGGAUCCGAAGACAUGGAAAGACUUUGAUCCUUCCACCAAGGACAUGCAGGCUCUGUACGAGAAGUUCGGCCUCGAGAAGAGCACCCAAGAUUUCACCGGCCAUGCCCUGGCCCUGUACCGGGACGACUCGUAUCUGACCGAACCGGCUAUCAAAACGAUCAAUCGCAUUAAGCUGUACUCGGACUCGCUGGCACGUUACGGGAAGUCGCCGUAUCUGUACCCGAUGUACGGAUUGGGCGAACUGCCACAGGGUUUCGCCCGGCUGUCGGCCAUCUACGGUGGCACGUACAUGCUGGAUAAGCCGAUCGAUGAGAUUGUGUACGACGCCGACGGUAAGGUCGUUGGCGUACGCUCCGGCGAGGAGGUGGCCAAAUGCAAACAGGUUUACUGCGACCCAACAUACGUACCGAACAAGGUACGCAUCUCAGGAAAGGUGAUCCGCUGCAUUUGCCUGCUGGAUCAUCCGAUCCCCAACACGAAGGAUGCACUGUCCACGCAGAUUAUCAUUCCACAGAUGCAGGUCGAUCGUAAGUCGGACAUCUACGUAUCGCUUAUCAGUUCGACGCACCAGGUGUCGGCCAAGGGCUGGUUCAUUGCCAUGGUUUCGACCACAGUCGAGACCGCCAAUCCGGAGGCGGAGAUCAAGCCCGGUCUCGAUCUGCUCGGCCCGAUCGCACAAAAGUUCUUGUCCAUCACGGACUACUACGAACCCACCGACGACGGUCUGCAGUCGCAGGUGUUCAUCUCGCAAUCGUACGACGCCACCACUCACUUCGAGACGACCUGUUUGGACGUGCUGGACAUUUUCAAGCGCGGCACAGGCGAGGACUUUGACUUUUCCAAAAUUAAGCAGGAGCUUGGUGACGAGGAGCAGUAAGACCGCUCCUCUGCGCUGAUGAAGCGUGCGUGUGUGCUGCGUAUUAAAGAGAUAAACACAUCGAGGCGGGACUGUGGUGGAUGGAGUUAGAACGAAAAAUGCUUCUACUCUGAAUAAUUCGGUUCCUUCAUUCCGAAGUUAAAUGAUGCAAACAAAAACGUAUAAAGAAAAGUUGCAAGCUGAAGGGAAACAUAACGUUCAGCCAUCAUUUAUCAAUCAUUAUACCUCUAGGGCUUUUUUAUAAACUUUCUUAUGUUACAUUAUGCUUCGAAUCAUCAUGAGAGCAGUUGCCGAUUUUCCAUGCGGCAUCCGGCAAAGAAGAAGAAGAAAAAGAAGAAGAAGCUUCCGAUGCUGUGAGUGAAAAAAACUGUCACGAUUAUUUACUUUAAAUUGUUUGCGACUCUGAAUCGUAUUGCCCCCGAAGUUUUGUUUUUUCAAAUGUCUGUAACGAAACGUAUUCGCAUGUACGGCAAGUGGCAAUGAAGAUGAAAUCUCCUUACGAAGGAACAGAAAUGAGAAAAAAGGCAAAAAAGGAUCGGCAUCCAAGAUCGAUGAACGUCCAUUCUAGUAGUCUUGUUUGGAACGAUCGAAACAUACGCUAUUAUACAUUAUCUCUAUAAAAGAAAUGAAAAAUAAUCAAUAACAAACCAACCAAAAACACACUCAAACAUGUUGAAUAAUCGAGCUGCAAAUACA